AUGGAUCAUGUCGAGAUCUCGUCAUUUCCAACUAGGGGUCAUCCGCUCUUCCAGCACAUUCUUGUCGUGUUGAAUGAAGUGUUGGCUGCAUGCAAGUAUACCCAAACAUCAGAAGAAAAUGCAAUGGAUGACGAUGAAAAUCGGUCUGAGCUGUCUGGCAGCAUCUCAUACGGAUCCGGUGCCGCAACCCCGACAAGCUUGAAAAUCCAUGAGGAGUUUGAGAUUCCAAGAAUGAAUCGCCAAUUCAAUCUUCCCUGCCAGAGCAUUACUCCUCAUAAGGAAAACCCGAACUUUAUUGGCAGAUCGGAUAUCCUAGAUCAUAUCUACAGUGUACUUAAUCCUGAUAAACCGGGCCAAAAACCGACGAAGCAAGCGGUCUUCGCGUUAUGCGGGCUUGGCGGCGUCGGGAAGACCCAGGUCGCCAUACGAUUUGCUAUGGACUACAUAUCUUCCUUCCAGGCGGUUCUUUUUGCUCACGCUGAUGAGCCGACGAAUCUGCUCAACGAUUUUGUUCGUUUUGCAGUCGAACUUGGUCUUGUGGAUCUAGGGGAGCCAGAUCAACUUUAUUGUUGUGAGCAGCUUAAGAGAUGGUUUGAGGAGACAGAUGUCCCAUGGUUGUUGAUAUUCGACAAUGCGGAUAAUCCAGAUAGCUCAUUCCUGGACAACUUUUGGCCCCGUUGCAAUAGUGGUGCAAUCUUAAUCACGAGCAGGGUCAAAACAUUGGUGGCCAAAUUUGGUGGUCAAGUUCUCCAGCCCCUGCAAGAAGGAGAUGCAAUCAAUUUACUUCUUAAAUUGACCCGUAUGCAGGGGACUGAUCCGUCUGAGCGGGCCUCAUACCGUGACAAACUUCAACAUGAGCAGCGAGAAGCAGCCCGGCAAAUUGUGUAUCGCUUGGGGUGCCUGCCUCUUGGAAUCUACCAGGCGGCGAAUUUGAUCGUGAACGAUUCAUGUCUCCUCACCGACUUCCUUUCAGCGUAUGAUUAUCGCGAUUUGGUCAGUUUCCCGGAAAGUACAAGAAUAUUCCGCAAUCCUAAUGAAGAGCCGUAUCGUCAUACACUUUUGAAUGUGUGGUCAAUGAACUUUGAGAGCCUCUCGCAGAAUUCUCAAAAGCUCGUUAAUGUGUUUUCUUUCCUCAACCCCGAUAAUAUUGAGCUUGAAUUACUAGCUAGUGGUGCUGAGAAGGCUUCCCGGGCUGGAGAAAGCGGCUGGUCUAUCAUUGACAGCACUAGGAAGCUAACACAGCAAAAAGCCGGCAUUUUGCAUAGUUCGCUCAUGGACCAAAACUCUGCAACAAAGACGCUGUCCAUGCACAGACUCGUACAGGCGGCUUGUCAGCAUCGGAUGGAACCAGAAAAUCGACAGAAAGCCUUUGAAAUGGCCCUAAGCUUUCUUCAUCACAUGUGGCCGGUUGCACCUCGAAAUAACAGGCACCGUCCUGAUCUAUGGCCGUCACAGGCACGCCUGCUGCCGCAUGUUUUAUCCCUUUGCAGAUUCUAUGCGGAUUCGCAAGAAGAUACAGUUCAAUUAAGCGGGACAAUAGAGUUUGCUGAGCUUCUAUAUAAUGCUUCUUGGUACAAUUACGAGCGAGGCACCUUUGAGCAUUUAGAGCCCCUUCUGCAUGCAGCCGAGCACUACUGCCUGAGACAUGAAAACUGCGAGGUGGUUUUGGCAGAUAUAUACGGAGCAAAAGCCUCGGUCGCAACAGAAACAAACCGCCAAGACGCGGCAUUGCAAAAUUUUCAACUCCAAUAUGAGUUCUUAAACCAAGCUAUCAAGAAAAAUGUGAUCCAACUGCCAAACAUCCGUUUCUGCUUUGCCCUUGGGGGCAUGGGAAACGGAACUCAGGGCAUGGGCCAGUACAAGGAUGCAGAACAAUGGUACCGCAAAUGUUACAACGCAUAUGAGGGCUUGGAUGGUGACAGAAAGAUAUACGGCGGCAAUCUGGCUUUUUGCUUGAUCUGGCAGGGUAAGCUAGAUGAAGCACAAGAGGUCCUCAAUUCACUCAUCCAUGCCGCCGCCGACAUGGAAUUCAAAACCGGGUACAUUAUGUACCCACUAGGAAACUUGCAGAUUGCGCGAGGCGAAUUGGACAAGGCGUUCAAAACGCAUUUAUAUGCCCUCAAGGUUUACCAACAAACCCUCAGUGACAAACACCACAGGACUGCGGACCUGUGCCACAAACUUGGAUGGCACUAUCAUGCCCGCAAGGAAUACGCUGAGUCGGUGGAGCUGCUCAAUCAGGCCCUCGCUGUCUUUGAGGCCCGACCCACGUGGUAUCGUAACGAAAGAGCCAGGACGAAAUACAAACUUGGCUGCGUCUUGCAGGAUAUGGGGAAAGUCGAAGAUGGAAGCCAGCUAAUCAACGAGGCUGAACAGAUCCGGAGAGACAUUCUUGGACCGGGCGUAUCACCGGGAGAUGAGCACCAUUUUGACGAGCUAGUGAUGUUUUGGUCCCGCUAA